AUGAAUUUCUUUAAGAAAAAGAAAAAUGAUUCCAUUAAUAAAAGGAACGCAUUCAUACAAAAUAGUAUGAUUACAAAAAAUAAAAAUGAUAACAUAAAAAAUGAUGAUAUAUUUAAAGAUAAGAAUGUAGGACUUUUGCAACAUGAAGAAAGGAGUUUAGAAAAAGAUGGAACAAUUUAUAAUAGAAAGGAAUUAGAAGAAAGUGUAAAUUCGUUUUUAGAUAAUAGUUAUAAAGAAAAUAUUAGACCAUAUGUAGAAGAUAAAAUACAAAUUAAUAAAUCUAACACAGAUAAGACACUAAAAAUUGACACCAACAAUAAUAAUAAUAAUAAUAAUAAUAGUAAUAAUAGUCAUAGUAAUAGUAAUAGUAAUAAUUAUGGUAAUAUUCCUAAAGAAAUAAAACAAUAUAUGGAUAAUUCUUAUGCUAGCGAUUAUGGCAUGGAAAAUUAUCAUGAGCAUAUGGAAAAUCAAGAUAUAUCAAAAAAUAUAAAUGAUUCAUCUAUUACACAUUCGAAGGAAACAACAACAAUUUUGUUAAAUAAUGAAAUAGAGAAUAGUAUUAAAAAAAAAGAAUCCAACCAUAACCAUACAACUCGCCAUAAUAAUAAUAAUAAUAAUACUUCUUAUAUCACAAACAAUGAUGAUAUAAUAUUUAACACACAAAAUCAAUCUAAAUUAAAAAAAAAUGCAGUAGAUAAUUCCUUACAAUAUAGUGAUAAAAUCAAUAUAGUCAAAGAUAAUCAAAAGGAUAACAUAUCAAAUGAUAUACAUAAUUAUUAUAAUAGUAAAACGUCUAUUAAAAAAAACGAAAAUAAAUAUAAUCAAAACAACUUUAUGGAAAAAAACUAUAAUUCUAUAAAAGGUCAUGAUAUGAGUACAUUAAAAUUUUCUACGAAAUAUAGUCAUAAAGAUAUUCAUAUAAAAAGCAAAAAUGAUAUUAAAUCAAAUAAGGAUAAUAAUUUGUCCGAUAUGAAAGAUGUGUAUGAUAAUGAAAAAGAUGAAGAUGUAAAAAAAGUGAAUCAUUUGAACGACAGCAUCGAAUUCAAAAAAAAUAAUCGUCGUAUUAAUACAACACAAAUAUUGAAUAGCUCAAAUAAAUACCAAACAGAAGCAAAUGAAAAUCAUAUAUCUCAUAAUAAUAAUAUAGGAGAGUUAAUGAAUUCAAGAAAUAGUAAUACGAAUUAUGUAACUUCUCUAAAUAAUAUGAACGAUACUAAUAUAACAAAACAAAUAGAUAAUAUAUCCAUAAGUAAUAAUUUAAAUACACAUCAUUUUAAUGACUCUAAAAGGAGCAUAACCUACAGUAAUAUUAAUAUAAAUGAAAAAUCUAAUUUUUAUGAGGAUUCAAAAAAAAAAAAAAAUAUAUAUUCUGAAUAUCAUAAUGCUUUAAAUGUAUCAAAUAAAAGUAUUCAUAUAAAUAAUAAUACUUCUCUUAUUCGAUCAAAAAAUGAAUUAAUGCAAGGAAAAAAUAUAAAAAAUUCGGGAAGCCAAAAUUUAGAAUUGGAAGAAACCAAUGAAUUCAAAACUAACCAUUUAGAUGAUUUAACAAAAAAUGAGGCAAAUCAAAACGAAACCAUAAAAAAUCAAAAGACUUUUACAAAUAAAAGAAAUAGUAUGAUAGAUUCAAAAAAAAAGUAUAUGAAUAAUAUAUCUCAAGAUAUGUAUCAAUCAAAUCAUAGUAACAAAAGUGAUUGGUCCAUAAAAAAAAGUAAUAAUAAUAAUAAUAAUCAAAAUAUUCUUUAUAGAAAUGAUCAAAAUGUAAAUAGAACGUCUAUCAAUAAUAUUAUUAUUAAUGAUGAUACAUUGAAUGUACAUAAUUUAGAAAAUACAAAUGAUAUGAUAUUAGAAAAUGUAGACAGAUAUAAAAAACAACAUCAAAAUGACAUAACAAAUUCGAACAGAAAAUGUUCUUUACAAAAUGUAUUAGAUAACUCUACAUCAUAUUAUAAUGAUGAUGAUAAUGAUGAUUCUAAAAAUAAAAAUUUCCAUUUAUCAAAUAAUUCAAGUCACCAAAAAAAAAAGGAUUCACAUGAAAUAAAACAAAAUAAUAAUUUUUUGAACUCAAAUAAGAAUUUAAUGAAUUCGACAAAUAGUGAUAUAGAACUAUUAUUAAAUGAAUUAUCGGAAUCAACCAAUAGUUUAUUAAGUUCUCAAAAAAAUACUCAAGUAGGUAAUUCAAAACAUUUUUUAACAUCUCAGAAUGGUGAUAAUGCAAAAUUAAGUUAUUUAUUACAAUCAAACGAAAAUAUAAAUGAAGAAUUAAAUAAUGACAUAAAAGAACAUACCAAAGAAAUUGAAGAAAAAAAUAAUGAUAUGUCGUAUAAAACGCAUAAUGAAGAUUCCCAACCUUUUCAUAAUUAUAAAACAAAAAAUAUGGAACAUAUAAAAUAUGAUUAUAUUAUAGGAGAAAAUAAUCAUUAUUUAAAUAAAAGUGAAAAUUUACCAAGAACAAAAGGGAAAAUUGAUCUUAAUUAUGUAAAAUAUAACACAUGUGUAUAUAAAGAUGACGAAAACAUCAAAAGACAAGAACAACGAAAAGAGGAACAUAUAGAAUCUAGGCAUGCAAAUUUGCUAUAUGAAUUUGAAAGAGGUAUUACGAAAAAUAAGAAAAAGGACGAAUUAUAUAAAUAUGAUAUGAUAGAAAAUUUAUCUAAUAAAAAUAUGAAAUAUGUAAAUGAUAUUCAUAAAGAAAAUAAUAUUAACCAUAAUAUGAACCAUAAUAAUGAUGUUACUAAUAAUUAUUAUUUUAAGGAUAAGGAAGGAAAUGAUAUACUUUUGAAAAAUAACAAUUCAAGUGGUCCUUUAUCAAAUAUUUCUCAUUUUACAGAAGAAAAUAAUUUUACAUACCACAAAAAUGAAACACAAAAUAAUCACAAUAAAAAUAAUAUUAGUAAUAUUAAUAAUAUUAAUAAUAUUAGUAAUAUUAUCCAUAUUAGUAAUGAUGAUAAUUUUCAUUAUUAUACAAAUAAUGAAGAGCAUAAUAAUCAUUCCUUGGAUUUUUCAAUCCAUUGUGAAGAUAACAUGAAUAUAUCAAAUAAUAAUAAUAAUUCGCAACAAAUUUUACAAGAAUAUAAUCUUAAAAAUUCUGGAAACCUAAAUGUAUCUUCAAUUAAUAAAUCAAAAGGGAAACUAGAUAAAAAUGUAAAUUAUAUGAACAAAUUAACCAUGAAUAAUAAUUAUGUUAAUACCGAUUUACAAAUAUCUUAUAUAGAAAAUGAACUUCAACAAAAAAUAAAAGAUUUUGAUAAAUCAUUAGGAACAAAAUUUGAAGACAAAUGUAAUUUAAUUCUUAACCGUAUUGAGAAAUUGUUAUCAUACGAAUGGUUUAAUGAUGGACAAUAA